AAUACAUAAUACAUUGUUUUGCCGACGUUUCAGCACCUACUGUAUCUGGGACAAGUAUCCGAGCGUUCUGGACCACGCCUGCAGGAUGUAUUAUAGCAGAAAGAACUUCUCCCUCUUCGGAGAAGAUAUCAGAGAUCUGUACCGGCCCUAUUUUGUAAUGUACAUGUCAUUUGCUGGACAGCCGCUCGCCAAGGCACAGUUCGACAGUGCUCUCCAACUUCGCUCCGUGAUCGAGCAAGUGGCCAUGACGCUGGCCGUGGGCGAAACCGCCUUCCAGUUCGAGCACCGUGGGCUGACCUCCGGCCACAUCCUAGUCAAACCGAGCAACGACCAGAGAGUCCAGUACUGCAUCAUGAGGAACAGCGUGUUCGUCGAGCUACACGGCAUCGAGGCCAGCAUAGUGGAUUUCUCCAUGUCCAGGAUGUGCCUCACACCCGAUGCCGAACCUCUCUACUCCGAUCUCCACCGGGUGGCGGAUGCUAAGAGGUGCGCAGAAGGGGAAAGCUUUUUCAAGAUAUAUGACCUCGUGCGGUGA